AGCCAAACCCUGAGUCUGCAGCAGAAGGACAAAGAACGAGUGUGCCUUGCCUCACGGCUGCAGGCAGAGAUGGCGUCCUGAUGCCGGUGAAUAAGCAAAAAAACAGAGCAGAGGGAGGGGAGAAGGAUGCGGGCAGCGGAAGAUAAAAAGCUGCAUCAUUUAGAGCAUCACAUGGCAGAAGAUGAGUUUCUCUGGUGAUGGUGAGGAUGACAACGCUUUAAGGAUAUUUGCGGUGUUUCUUUUAAAUAGAUACUUGAUUUUCUUUUCUUUGUUAAAGCUGAGCUUUUAAGCAGCGGUGUGAUUCUUUUGAGGGGAAGCGGUGGGGGUUUGUUGUCUACCUCAGCUAUUUCUCCCUCCGCCGGGGCUCUCUGCUCAUCCGACGCAGGGAGGAGAGGGCAGAGGGAGGGAGAGAGCAGCGAUGGCUGCCGGUGGAGCAGGAUGCGGGGACACGGUGGAGCAGUGCCGGGCCCAGGUGGAGCGUCUGACCCGGGAGCUGGCGGAGGCCAACCGCGAGAAGAUCCGGGCGGCGGAGUGUGGGCUGGUGGUUCUGGAGGAGAACCAGAGCCUGAAGCAGCAGUACGCCGAGCUGGAGGCCGAGCAGGAGACGCUGAGGCUGGAGCUGGAGCAGUUGCAGGAGGCUUUGGCCAGCCUACUCCCCCCAGCGUAAGGUGGCAGAAGGGGGGAAAAAAACCAAUGAGAGACCCCUGCGCAGGAGCGCCACCAAGGAACCUACUACAUGGGCCGUUUUUGGAGUUUCAGCCCCGCCUGAAGCACAGUCAGACAACCCCCCUCCAACUUCGGCCCGCAAAAACACCUAGCACU